CUGAGUAACGUUAGCUGUCAUCUAGCUAAAAAUGGGACUGUCAAGUGUUUCGUGAGAGUUUGAAUUGUCGUAGGUAGUAUUUUCCUUUAUUUCUAAGAACUAUAGACAGUUACAUUAUGGUUGCAAUAAACCCAGUUGUGCACAAAAUAUUAAGUUAUGUUCCUUUUCUUCUUGUUUUGAUUGACCUGCGAUACGAAGGGGUAUGUGGCAAGGAUGGAAGUUUGGAGAACCAUUUGGAGAUGGGGAAGAAACUCCUUGCUGCUGGACAGCUGGCUGAUGCACUCUCUCAUUUCCAUGCUGCUAUUGAUGGGGAUCCAAAGAACUACAUGGCCUACUACAGGAGAGCGACAGUCUACCUGGCCAUGGGCAAAUCUAAAUCUGCUCUGCCGGAUCUGAGCAAAGUCAUUGAACUCAAACCAGACUUCACAUCGGCAAGACUUCAGAGAGGCAAUCUACUCCUGAAGCAGGGGAGACUAGAUGAAGCAGAGAGCGACUUUAAGAAAGUUCUCAAUUCGAACCCUAGUGACAAAGAUGAGAAGGAGGCCCAAAGUCGUCUCAAGACAUCUGAUGAAAUCCAGAGGUGGGUGACUCAGUCACGGGCUAACUUUGACCGCAAGGAUUACAUCACCGCUGCUGCCCAACUGGACCUAAUUAUUGAAACGUGUGUGUGGGACGUCACCUCUAGAGAGCUGCGGGCAGAGUGCUUCAUCCAGAUGGGAGAGAUGGGCAAGGCCAUCAGUGACCUGACGGCUGCCUCCAAACUGAAGAGUGACAACACCCAGGCCUUCUACAAACUCAGCACCAUCUACUACCACCUGGGUGACCACGAAAUGUCCCUCAAUGAGGUUCGAGAAUGUCUGAAGCUGGACCCAGACCAUGAACAGUGUUACAGCCACUACAAACAAGUCAAGAAGCUCAACAAACACAUCCAGUCUGCAGAGGAGUUGAUCCAGCAGCAGAGGUAUGGAGAUGCAGUGAGUAAAUACGAGUCCGUGAUUAAGACUGAGCCAAAUGUUCCCCAGUACUCGCACCAUGCAAAGGAGCGCAUCUGCCACUGUCUGGCACAGGAGCAGCAGGAUGUAAGCAGAGCCAUCACAGUGUGCAGUGAGGUCCUUCAGUCUGACCCUCAGAAUGUGAAUGUGUUGAAGGACAGAGCAGAGGCCUACCUACUGGAUGAACAGUACGAGGAAGCUAUCAAGGACUAUGAGACUGCCCGCGAGCACAGUGAGAAUGACCGGCAGAUCAAGGAAGGGCUUGAGAAAGCACAGCGCCUCCUCAAACAGUCCCAGAAGAGAGACUACUACAAGAUCCUGGGCAUUAAGAGGUGCAUUACAAACUGCUAUGCUGGUCGGGACUGGGGUGCUCUGCUAGUCAUAGCUCAUGUAGAACACUGUCGAGUAGAACAGAAUUUUAUUACCUCUGUUUGGCCCUGUCGCAGGACUGCCCAGAAGAAGGAGAUCGUAAAGGCCUACAGGAAGCAGGCGCAGCAGUGGCACCCAGACAACUUCCAGGAUCCUGUGGAGAAGAAGAAGGCAGAGAAGAAGUUCAUUGACAUUGUUCAGGCCAAGGAAGUGCUCACUGAUCCAGAGAUGCGGCAGAAGUUUGACAAUGGCGAGGACCCCAUGGACCCAGAGAGCCAACAGGGUGGACACCAUCAGAACUUUCACAGUGGUUUCCAGGGCUUUAACCCCUUCAGCUCCGGACAGUUCAACUUCAAAUUCAACUACCAGUGAGCCUUAGAGGCGCUUCUGGGCAUUGAUCCAGUAUGGUUGUAGCUUAACCUCUCUCUCGUUCAGGGAGAGCACAAUUACCUUCAUGAUGACAUGUCUGAGACAACUUGAACAGAUUAAAGAUGUCUUUGCUGUUGAACGAUAUGUUUUUGGAGCUACAUUCUCUGAUGCAACUCUGACUUUUUAAACAUUUUUAAUCUUUGCGGCAACUCCCAUCUUCAAUUUGAGUUCUGGGUUAAUUCCAAAGAGACAACACCUUUUGUGGUGUACACUGAAAAUUGGUAUCCAUUCCUAAUGUGUACAUAGAUGCAGUACUAUUUUUAUAUGAAUGGAGUCAUUGUAAAUAAAGAUCUAUUUAUGCUUCUAG